AUGGCAGGCGCAUCGGCGCAAGCCAACUUUCAAACCCAGCUCCACAGCGAGAAGGCGUCUUCGGAGCAGGAGAUACUCGCCCAGCACAUCGCAACCCCCAUAAUCAAGAUUAAUUACUUUCAACUCUUCCGAUAUGCGACCACAAAAGAUUUGGUUAUUAUCAGCGUAUCAUUUCUUGCUGCGAUGAUUGCCGGGGCAAUCACAACAAUGCCGGCGCUGUUAACAGGCUUGUUGAUUGGUAGUAUACAAGGCAGCUGGUCGGGCGGUUCAUCCCAAGACAAGUCCAAUAGCGAAUUGACGCGCUUCACAAUCUACUUCGUGUAUCUUUUUCUGGGCGAAAUAGUGUCGUGCUACAUUGCCAAUAUUGGAUUCAUCCGUACCGGCAUCAUAUUAUCGAGCCGGAUCAGAGAACGGUAUUUGGCCGCACUUCUGAGUCAAAACAUUGCUUUCUUCGACAACAUUGGAGCCGGGGAAAUAUCAACUCAUAUCACCGCCGACGCAAAUUUGAUUCGAGAUGGUAUUUCAGAGAAAGUCAGCGUUGCCGCGCAGUGCUCCGCAUCGGUUGUCGCCGCGUUCGUCAUAAGUUUCAUGCGAGACUGGAGGCUGACGCUCAUCCUGGCUUCCAGUCUUGUAUGCAUCGCCCUUGUGUUUGCUGCUGCCGGUAUAAUGCUCACGAGAUAUCGCCAGCAAUGGUUGGGAGAGACCGCAGAAUCCGGUACCAUUGUUGAAGAGGUCUUUUCAUCCAUCAGAACAGUUGUGGGGCUGAAUGCGCAAUCUGAACUUGUGGCUCGAUAUGAUGGCUCUCUAGUUAAAGCAGAACGUUUUGCAAAUAACGCCAGGCUCAUAUCCGGCGCCCUCCUUGGUGCUGUUUUUGCCGUUAUUUACCUGGCUAUCGGGUUAGGGUUCUGGAUGGGUUCGCGCUUCCUGGUAGCGGGCACAUCCUCGUACGUCGAUAUCUUGACCAUUAUCCUUGCGACAGUGACUGGCAUCGCUUGCCUCGGUGGCAUCGUUCCCCCACUUCAAGUAUUCACUAUUGCCACGGCUGCUGGAUCAAGAUUGUACAGCACCAUUGACCGAAGAUCUCCGGGGACCGCGAUUGGUUCUUCUGAAAGCAAACUAGACGGUGUGAUUGGCCAUAUUGAGUUGCAAAAUGUCAGACACAUAUAUCCUUCAAGACCAGAUAUCGUUGUUUUGGACAACUUGAGCUUGGAUAUAGAGCCUGGGAAAACGACAGCCAUAGUUGGACCGUCUGGAUCAGGAAAGAGCACAAUAAUCGAACUUCUCGAGCGUUUUUAUGACCCCAUUUCCGGCGAUAUUCUUUUGGAUGGUCACAAACUCUCAGAAUUGAGCCCAAACUGGUUAAGGCAGCAAAUUUCCCUGGUCCAACAAUCACCCACAUUGUUUGCUACGACUAUCUUCGAGAACAUCCGGUAUGGUCUGGUUGGAACGCCCUAUGAGAAUGCAUCCAAGGAAGAUAUCGAGAAUACUGUCUACGAUGCCACUCGCGUCGCAAAUGCCCAUGACUUUAUCACCAAGUUACCUGGCGGCUACGAUACCCUUGUCGGUGAGGCCGGCGUGUUGCUUUCCGGCGGCCAGAAGCAGCGUAUCGCCAUCGCUCGCGCCCUCAUUUCUGAUCCUCGAAUUCUUCUCCUUGAUGAAGCCACCUCAGCCUUGGAUUCGACGAGUGAAUCUAUUGUUCAAGCUGCAAUCGAAAAAGCUUCUCAAGGGAGAACGACCAUUGUUGUGGCUCAUCGUUUAUCAACUGUCAAAUCCGCGGACAAAAUCAUCGUCUUGUGUGGAGGCCAAGUUGUUGAACAAGGAACUCAUAACUUUCUUCAAGACAAGAAUGGAGUGUAUAGUCGACUAGCCAAAUCACAGGCUGUCAACUUGAGCGAAAAGGAAUCUUCCCGCGAUGAUGAUUCUUUAGAGGUUUCCAUCCAUCAUGCUAAAUCUGGCUCUGGAGAGACAGAGAUGGAGCCUCUUCCGGUCGCCGGAAGUCCUUUGUUUGAUACAGUGCAUAAGGACGCAGAUGCUCUCGAAAGCCUGGAUCGACCACGCCACCAGUAUUCGAUGCAGACCCUCCUGAGAUUUGUGAAUAAUUUCCACAAGGACUCAAUGACAUUGGUGUUAAUGGGGUUUCUCGCUUCGAUCCAAACCGGAGCUGGGGCACCCAUCCAGGCAGUGUUUCUGGCCAAAUGUCUUGUUGCACUCGCAAGACCUCAAGCUGAAUUUUCACAGCUUCGGUCCGAGACAAAUCUAUGGGCUGGAAUGCACGUCGUCUUGGCUUUCGCACAGUUCCUCGCCUACUCGGCCCAAGCUUCUGCUCUCGGAAAAUGUACAGAGAGGCUUAUCCGUCGUCUCGGUGAGCUGUCCUUCCGGACCCUUCUCGACAAAGACAUGUCGUUCUUUGACAUGGAGGAGCACGGUGUGGGCGCACUAGUAUCAUUUCUCGGCACUGAGCCAGCCAGUAUGGCGGGCAUGGGUUGCUACGCGAUUGGAAACUACAUCAUGGCACUCACAACUCUCAUUGGUGCCAUCGCAACCAGCAUAGCUGUCGGAUGGAAACUUGGACUUGUCGGUGCAGCUACAGUACCUGUUCUUUUGAUGUGCGGAUUUCUUCGAUUCCGCGUUAUGGCUCAGCUUGAGGCGCAUCUUCGUCAAGUGUAUCAAGAAACAGCAUCAUUGGCCAGUGAAGCGGUCUCGGCCAUCCGCACUGUCAUAUCUCUAAAUCGUGAGUCCCAGGUUGCAGCAAUAUUUCACCAUAAGCUAGCCGAACAAGAUUCGAAGAGCAUUCGCUCAAGUCUGACAUCUUCGGCCCUUUUCGCAUUUUCACAAUCGGCACCCUUGUUGUGUACUGCUCUUGGCUUAUGGUAUGGUGGCACACUCGUUAUCAGUGGGGAAUAUGGAUUGUUCCAGUUCAUCCUGAGUUUCGCUGCUGUUAACAUUUGCGGUGAUGCUGCUGGCUCGAUAUUUAGCAGCUCGCCAGAUUUAGCGAAGGCAAAACUUUCGGCCAUCCGACUUAAAGCGUUGUUUGAUCGACAAUCACAGUGCCAAUUGGAUUUGGGCGAAACUCAACCUCUUUUGGAAGGAAACAUUGAAUUCCGGAAUGUCCAUUUCUCGUAUCCUACGCGUCCCGAAAGGCAAAUAUUAAACGGUCUCGAUCUCACUGUACACAAGGGUAAAUACAUCGCCCUAGUUGGACCUAGUGGAUGCGGGAAAAGCACGAUUGUUGCACUUUUAGAGCGUUUCUACCAUCCACUCGCCGGUCUCGUCACAAUGGACGGCCUGGAUCUCUCCUCAAUGGAUAUGAGCGCAUACCGCGAUCAAGUGGCACUCGUGAAUCAAGAACCCACACUCUUCCAGGGUACUAUCCGAGAUAAUCUCCUUCUCGGACUCGAUGCAUCGAAGUAUUCUCAGGAAGAAUUGGAGACCAUCUGCAAGGACGCACAUAUCCUUGAUUUCAUCCGUUCACUCCGUCUCGGAUUCGAUACUAUGUGUGGAGGAAAGGGAAACAACUUUUCCGGUGGUCAGAAACAGCGACUAGCAAUUGCCCGGGCCCUUCUAAGACGGCCGAGUGUCCUAUUACUAGAUGAAGUCACUUCGGCGCUGGAUUCUGAAUCCCAAAACGUAGUUCAGGCUGCACUCGACCAAGCUGCAAAGCAGCGCACCACAGUUUCGAUCGCCCAUCGCUUGAGUGCUGUGCAGAAUGCAGACCUCAUCUGCUUCGUAGAGGACGGUGCGGUUGUUGAAUCUGGAACACACGCCGAGCUCAAUCUAGAAACAUAG